AUGACGCUAGCUAAUAAUCAUAAAUAUAAUAACGAGAGAGAAAUAAUCCUUUUGGGGUUUUUAAAUGUUGAUAAUGUAUAUGGAGAAAAUUGGGUCAGUAAAAAAGAAGAAAUAAAAAAAGACGUGGAAUAUAAAGUAGUAAAAUUAAAUCAGGCUUUUAAAUAUCCAUCAAUAUUCCAAGAAAAAUUUGAAUUUCUUUCUUCUGAUGAUUAUAAUUAUGUAAAAAAUAAUUAUAUAUAUAGUGCCAUUCUUAUAUUUAACCCACAUUUAAACGGUAUAACUACAAAUAAUAAUAACAAUGAUAAACAAAAUAGUAUAUUUGGUAAUAAAAAAUGUAAUAGUAAUUUUCGAGUUACGGUAAAUGAAUGUUUAAACGAUUCAAACAAAUUAAAUAGCGAAAUAAAAAAUCAGGAAAAUAUUAAAGAGAACAAUGAAGUGAAAGAACAAGAAGGAAACUGUAAUUCAGAAAAAAAAAAAGAGGGUAUAGGAGUUUUAGUUGUAACAUGCAAAAAAAUGGACAAACCCCAAAUGAAACAUAUUCUCAUUAAAAUGAUAAAAAAAGAAAUAAAAGUUGAGUCUACUGUUUUAAAAUAUAACGGAACUAGUAAUAUCGCAAACAGCGCACACAGCGCAAACAACACAAACAACACAAAUAUACAAACUAGUUUAAAUAGUAAUGAAUAUAAUACAAACAAAAAUAAACUAACUGAAAGCAAAUAUGCAGAUAGAGUUUAUAUCUCUCCACCAAUAAAUAUUGAUAAACCUUUUGAUGUUAGAAGAAAUAAUUUUUUCAAUAUGACUGCAUAUAUAUAUGGGUCGUCAGCGAUUUUAGAAAAUACGAAUCUCAUUCAAAGGGAGUAUGGAGAUGACGAAUGGGCAAACAAAUUGAGAAAAACAAAAAAGGAGAGAAAAGAAAUAAACAAAACUAAUAAUGACAGUAAUAUUGAAAUAUUUAAGGAAAAUAGAAUAAUAAAAACUUUCACAUCCUUAUUUAAGAAGUAA